GGGCGGACUGGCAACUCAUGGGGCCUCAGGGCAAUAGGGGAUCAUGGGGCCCCCGUGUCCUUGCCCAAACUCAAAAAAGCCUAUGAAAAAGGUACCAGGGGCAUCUCAUGGGGCCCCUUACUGACCCCGUGCCCUCGGGCAGUGCCCGAGUUUCCAAAUGGUCAGUCCGCCCCUGUGCACCAUUUAUUCUGAUUGUUUGCUAUGGGCCAUGGCAUGCUAUACAAAGAGAAAUUGACCUUCAGGUACUGACCUGUAUAUAGCUAGUUAUAAUAUGAUGUAUAAAAUAGACCUUCAGUUAAAUAUUUUAUCUUUG